AUGAUUUUGUAAGAACAUCACAAUUAUAGAUAUAAGUGUACUCAUCUAAUAGAUCAACGAUAAACGCCUAUAGGAUGUUAUAUAGAUCAAGAAAUAUUGACGUUCUUAUGUGGCGAAUGUUAUGAAAUUGAAAUCACAAAAUAAAAUUCAAUAGCAAAAAUAUUUCUAAUAUCAGAGUAUAUUUAAGCCAGUUUGAACAUGUAUAUGGACAAAAUAAAUUAAUAUGAUGAUUUACUUCAGGAAAUUCAAAAAAGUUCCGAAAUACUCAAAAGUUGUAAGAAGGAUAAUAAUUAAAUAUAAUAAGGCUUUAAAACAAAUAAAGAAUAACUGGAAUUUUGUCUGGGCAAAAUUCAAGCCAAGACUUCUAUAGAAGAUAGUGAUUAUACAUUAUUAUCUGGCAUAAAUGGUGAAAAUAUGAAUAAUAAAAUUUGUCAAUAAUUCAAUCAUAAUUUGAAGGGUAUGCUAGAAUCAAUAGCAAAAUAAAUUGAGUAUAUGCUAAAAUCAGUAGCAAAAUACACUAGUUCUGAUAGAUUGAUUGAAAAUAUGCAAAGCGUUUCAUCGAGGGAAAAUAUAGAGAGGAUAUUAUCUUCUUCUUUGGAUAGAUGUUAAGAAUAUAAUAAACUGAAACUUAACCAAUAACACUUUAAUAAUUUUAUAAACAUAUUUGAGCAAACGAAUGGUUAAUAACAAGAUAUGGAAUCUGAUAUUGUAGAUUUUGAAAAAAUGGAUAAAUGUCAAGAGGAGAUUGUUUAAAAUGAAAAAGUUCCAUACUAAAAAAAUUAGGAACCUGAUAUUGUAGAUUUUGAAGAAAUGGAUAAAUAGAUAUAAAAAAAUGAAAAGGAUUUUUAAUAAGAGUAGUAAAAUAUUGAGGAGUCUGAUUAAAGUAAUGACAAUAAUGAAUCAGUUGCCUAAAAUAGUUUAGAAAAAUAAAUGGAAAUUUUUAAAUCAUAUCAAAUAUGUGAUAAUAAUGUAGCAUAAAAAUCAUCUGACUUUAUCGUCUAAUUGAAUAGUUACCAAUAUUGA